GUUUCUAAUGCGGAGAGGAAGGGAGGGGAGAAGCCUUUACAAAUACACAUACAUUUCAAUAUCGCUACUGAAUAUAUUUCUAUUUUUUUCUGCAAAGGGAUGAUUUGUGCAUUUAUGGUGUGGAUAAAGCCGUCUUUUUUAUUGGUUCAACACGUCUAAAACGAAAGGAAAACGGCAGGAUAAACGCUAAAAAGAAGAGAAGCGGCCUAUUUGUGUUCCUUAUAUCCUGGAGGAGCAGUUCACACUGUCGGCCUGUGUAGGCUAAUUCACAUCAAACGGACGUUAAACUGGCGGGUUCUUUGUUACACGCGACCCGCAGUUACAUUGUAAGCUUGCAUGGUGAAUCACUGGCGCACUAACUCUACUUGUUUAGCGCACAUUGGAAGACCUGGUACACACAAAAAGCGGACUGUUUUCUUUUUUUUUUUGCAGCGGCAGCGCCAUGAAGAGCGGCGGACAAUAACAGAGACUGUGCUUGUGUCCCGUCCUGCGCAUAUGCGCGACUAAAAUAAUAAAUAAUCACCUGGAAUAGCAUUGCAAGUAAGGACUGCUCUAAUACAGGAUACGAAUAAUCUGUGCUCUCUGUUUGAAUUUGGUGGUUAUUUUGAGGCCCGGUGGGGUGAAGAGCGCCACCAGCGUGUUGUUGUUGUUGAAUUUUAAAUCGAAACUAUAACACCGAUUUUAAUGGAGUAUUGCUGAGGGUAUUUUGCAAAUGCUUCUGUAAAUGUUUUUUGAAUCGGAUCAACGUGGAUGCUCUUUUAUCCGAUUGUGAUGAUGAUUUGGGCGUAUUUAGUGCCGUGGAAGAGGGGCAAACGCUAAGAUGGAGUGGUUUUAAUGAAUGCUCCUGGAUAAAGACACAUUUUGCGUGCUCGUGCAACGUUAGUUGAAUAUCUGAUGAAAUUUCCGCAUGCAUAAAGCAUUCCCUGCAUUUCGCACUCGACGGAAUCGCAAGCCCGGAUGCAUCAGCAUUGAUGAAUCGCGGGCUGUUGGCGGGAUUGAAGCCUUGUACCGUCACUCCUUUUCAUUUUUUUCCUCCCCGGAGUGGAUCUGUCUAGCGCGACACUGCUGAGAUGAACCCGGUGAAUGCGACCACUCUCUACGUGUCAGCUUGUCGGUCGGUGCUGCAGUGCGAUCCCCGGGACCCCCAGGCAUUGGCGGAAAUCUAUAAGCUCUUGCCUUUUUUCAGACAGUCUCUAGCCUGCCUUGUGUGUGGAAAUUUGCUUCAAGAUCCAAUAGCUCCAACCAACUCAUCAUGCCAGCACUAUGUCUGUAAAUCUUGUAAAGGCAAAAAGAUGAUGAUGAAACCAUCGUGCAGCUGGUGUAAAGACUAUGAGCAGUUUGAAGAGAAUAAGCAGCUGUGCAUCUUGGUCGACUGCUACAGAAAGCUCUGCGAGUACAUCACAGAAUCUCCUCUCGGCCAGAACAUUUCAAAUGCAGUGGGAGUGGCCCCAGACAUACUGGCUCUGUUGCAUGAGGGCCUCUCAUUGGACAGUAGGCAGGGGGAGGAGUCACUCUCUCUGACUUUGACAAACCAGUCUCCUACACCCUCGAUGUCAGAAACACUCCCUGAUGAGGGCCAAUCCCCUUCGACUGAGAUCAAGGAACAGGACCUCAGUCCUCUAGGGGUAAAUGGUCUCCAAGAUUGUAGUUGUUUGACCAAUGUGGAGGAAUUAACCGCCAGCUUGCCUUCACUAGAGACAAAUGUUUCAGACACGGGCGAGAGUGGAGGUGAGGUGGUGAAAGAAGAGAGUUUCACAAAUGAGUUCCCCAUAUGUGAAGCCGUAGUGGCUGCUGGCGAGGAGCUUUGUACUACUACCGUGGACAUUUGUGGGUUUGGAGAGGAUAUUAAGCAUGAUGGCGGCACUCUCCUCUUGAGUGUAGAAGAGGUACUCAGGACUCUAGAACCAGACCAUGUGCCCCAGGAUGAAUGUCCUGCUAUCUUACAGUCAACCCUCGAACCUUCGGGAAACUUGAAUGGACCAUUUGGUUGUUCAACCACAUCUGUAGACCUAAUUCGGCAGCUUUCCUCACUCCCACACGAUUCGCAAGAAGUUCUCAUGCCCCAGCACCCAACGUCCCAGAAAACUCCACAACCUUCGGGAAUAUCCUGUUCUGCGUUGACGCCAAGAUUGCCUCGGUCCAAUCGGAAGCGCUCUCGGUCUGAGAGUGACAGUGAAAAGAUUCAACCCCUACCCAUUUCCACCUUCAUCCGGGGCCCUACGUUGGGCAUCUCAGCUCCUGUUUCUAUCAAGUGUGAACCUGAAUCCCCAGUUCAGGCUAUACCCCACAUGGCGGCAGUGCCCAAUGGUGGGGGCCUUUCUAAAGUGGGUAAGACAUUAGUGGUGCCUGCUAAAAAUUUCAAAAAGACUCUUGACCACCAUGGACCCAAAAAGGCCUAUACAAAGUCCAAACAGGCAACUCCCAAAUCGAAAGAGAAGAUGAAAGAACGGAUUAUGAGUACCACCCUUAUUCCAGGGAGCCCCACGAAAGUGGUUUAUAAAAAGGCGCAAGAGAAAAAGGGCUGUAAGUGCGGCAGAGCGACUCAAAACCCAAGUGUUCUUACUUGCCGUGGACAACGAUGCCCUUGUUACUCCAACCGCAAAGCUUGUCUGGACUGCAUAUGCAGGGGCUGCCAAAACUCCUACAUGGCCAAUGGUGAGAAGAAACUGGAGGCCUUUGCAGUGCCAGAGAAAGCCCUUGAGCAGACAAGACUCACUUUGGGCAUUAACGUCACCAGCAUCGCAGUGCGUAAUGCCGCUGGUAGUGGGGCGGCUGGGAUGCUUAAUGUCUCCACAGCUGCUGGCUCACCUGUGGCCUCCUUCUUGGCUACUGGACCACACGAAGACAAAGGAUUUGAUGAACCAUUAGACAUGAGGUUUGACUAAGCACAGGAAAAUUCUCCUUUACCAUCAUCGUCCACCUCCUGUAUUCCAAACCGACUUGUAUCUCAGUGUGGUGGCACUUUACCGAGGGGCUGAUGCCAGCAGAGUCCGUGAUAAGGCAGCUACUGUGAUUCUGUUCCAGUUCACAUUAUCAAUUGAACUAAUUGCCGAAGCUUGUGCCUUUAAAUAAUUUGUACUACUACUUUGGGUUUUCUUGCACACCAUUAUGAGUUCAGAUGAGAGAUGAGGCAGGUUACUGUUUUCAUUUGGGAAAGGUUUUCCUAUUUUAAGUUGUAGUACAAGUGAUCUUUAAUGCAUGAUCUUUGGCAAGAUAUACCUGACCUCAUUGUUGUGGGUCACGCUAUGUGCAUAUGUAGAAGAUUUUCAGUUUGUAGGUUAGGGGAUGUGACCUGAUAAAAAUUAAAUGGUACCCUACAGCAUCAGUAGAGACUGGGUGUAUUUAUAAACAUUUUUUGUACACAAACUUAUGAAAUUCAAUAAAAAGUACAUUAUAUGAUAUAUUUUGUAAGUUACAUUAACAACAUUUGAAGUAUUUAUUGGGUAUCACUUAACAUGGAUUAUGGUCCACCCAGGGCAUCAAUGGAUACCCUUUCUACAGAUGCAAGUCACAAAUGCAGUAUGUAUGGUUUCCUGUCUAAAUUUUGUUGUCCUGAUUGUGUUUGUUUUUUGCUGUCUCAAACUGUUAUUAUUUUUUCCCUUGGGGCAUUUGAAUACCUGUAAUAUAAAUGUAACAUAUUUCCACAAAAAAGAAAAAUCCUA